AUGAGAUGGAUAGUAGCUCUGUUCCUUCUCACCCUCCUCAUCACCGUCCACAUAGCCCAAGCUGACGACGACAAGUCGUCUGGGGACAAAGGGCUUGGUUCUGAUUCCAAGGAUGGCAGUGAUCACAACUCACAGGGAGAUAAGGGAGGUGAUGGUGAGGAAGGCAGUAGUAACAAAGGUGAUGGCAGUAAUGGGGUUGGGCCUGUGAAGAACCCACAUUGCCAAAAGCCAGGGCGAGGUCCAGAUCCACAUGGUGACGGUCACGGGCCUCCGAAGAAAAACGACUGUGGUCAUGGCCAAGAUUCACCAUCUCCGCCUGAUGACUCGUCAGGGCCUCCCUCCUACUCAGGUACACCUCCACAGUCUUCAAGUCCCCCACCAACACCUCCACAACGAUAUCCUCCAUCUCCACAGUUCAGCCCUCCUGUGAUGCCUCCAAGCAACAAAUACCCUCCACCGCCUUCAAGUACCCCAAGCACACCCCCGACAUAUCCACCAAAUAGCCAACCACCCUCGUCGCCCUUUAGCCCUCCUACCAUGCCUCCAUACAAAUCUCCUCUGCCACAACAAUCUAGUCCUCCAGCCAAGCCUCCAACCAACAAUUCACCUCCACCACCAUUGAGUCCACCCAUUGCACCUCCAUCUUAUAGUCAACCACCUCCAAUGAAACCUAGUCCACCUCCACACCAAGCUACACCACCACAACAAUCUAGUUCCCCUCCACCGCCUUCAAGUACCCCAACCACACCUCCAAUAUAUCCACCAAAUCACCAACCACCCCCAUCACCCUCUAGCCCUCCUACCAUGCCACCACAAUCUAGUCCUCCAACCAACAAUUCGCCUCCACCACCAGCGAGUCCACCCACUGCACCUCCAACCUAUAGUCAACCACCUCCAUUGCAGCCUAGUCCACCUCCACACCAAGCUACACCACCAAAACCAUCUAGUUCCCCUCCACCACCUUCAAGUACCCCAACCACACCUCCAAUAUAUCCGCCAAACAACCAGCCACCAUUGUCGCCCUCUAGCCCUCCUACCAUGCCUUCGUACACAUCUCCCAUGCCACCACAAUCUAGUCCUCCAACCAACAAUUCGCCUCCACCACCACCGAGUCCACCCACUGCACCUCCAUCCUAUAGUCAACCACCUCCAUUGCAACCUAGUCCACAUCCACACCAAGCUACACCACCACAACCGACUAGUUCCCCUCCACCACCUUCAAGUACCCCAACCACACCUCCACCAAAUAACGAGCCACCCCCAUCGCCCUCUAGCCCUCCUACCUUGCCUCCAUACAAAUCUCCCCCACCACCACAAUCUAGCUCCCAAGCCAAUCCUCCAACCAACAAUUCUCCAUCACCACCAUUGAGUCCACCUACAACACCUCCAUCCUAUAGUCAACCACCGAAUUCCACUAUCUCACCUCCGCAACAUCCUCCACCUCCACAACAAUCUAGUCCACCUCCAUCAUCUUCAAGUACCCCUGCCACACCUCCUUCACCCUUUAGUACUCCUACCACACCACCUCAACAAUCUCAAGCGCCACCACAAUCUAGUCCACCUGCUAUGCCUCCCCCAAACAAUACACCUCUAUAUCCUUUGAGUCCUCCUAUCUCACCUCCACAGCAAUCCCCACCGCCACCACAAUCUACUCCACCUCCAGCAUCACCUAGUACCCCUCCGACACCUCCAACAUACCAACAGGAUAAUCAAUCACCUCCACCACCAUCUACUACUCCUUCUACACCUCCAUAUCAAUCUCCACCACCAAAAUCUAGCCCACCAUCUAUGCCUCCAUCCUAUACCCAACCACCUCCAUCACCACAAUCUAGUCCAUCUUCACCACCAUUAGGUACCCCAUCAGUGCCUCCAACAUAUCAACCGAAUAACCAGCCACCUCCACAGAAAUAUUCACCACCACCACAAUCUAGUCUACCUCCACCGCCAUUAAGUACCCCUACUACAUCUCCACCAUAUCAACCAAAUAACCAGCCACCUCCAUCACCCUCUAGUCCUCCUACCAUUCCUCCAACCUAUCCAGCUAAUAACAGUCCACCUCCAUCACAACCACCACCACCAUUGCUUAGCCCUCCUACCACACCUCCUACUGCACCAAGCUACAUGCAGCCUCCACCAUCACCUAGUGCUCCUACUACACCUCCAACUGACCAAGAUCAUGGCCAGACACCCCCAUCAUAUGGUGUCCCAGAUGGACCCAAAGGAUGGCAACAAAUAAACAAUUCUCAUGAUGGCUUGUUUUGGCAAAUUGGAAUAUCUAUUGUGCAACAAUUGUCAAAGGAUAACAAAUAUUAUAUUCUUGUGGAAGUUCUUCGGACAAGUAUGAUGCCUGUAGGCAUUGGUAACAACUACUUCCUGGUGAUGAAAAUGGAAGAUGAAUACAAGAAGGUCGGAAGGUACCAUGCAUUUGUGUGGGGUGUGCCACAACAACCUGAUUUUCCAUGGAAAUUGCUAUCAUUCCAGUAUGUAGGAAACUAA